AUGGCAGUGAAUGUGCACGCUACGUCUGUGUCCUGUGACACCCUGAGCCGACAUGACAUGCUGGCCUGGCUCAACGACUCCCUGCACCUCACCUACACCAAGAUAGAACAGCUCUGCUCGGGGGCAGCGUACUGUCAGUUCAUGGACAUGCUGUUUCCAGGCUGUGUCCUUCUAAAGAAGGUAAAGUUCCAGGCCAAGCUGGAACACGAGUUCAUACACAACUUCAAGGUUCUCCAGGCUGCCUUCAAGAGGAUGGGCGUUGACAAAAUAAUUCCCGUGGAGAAGCUGGUAAAAGGAAAGUUCCAGGAUAACUUUGAGUUUGUGCAGUGGUUCAAGAAAUUCUUUGACGCCAACUAUGAUGGGAAGGAGUACGACCCGCUACAGGCCAGACAGGGACAAGAUGUGAACCCCGCCCCCAAUCCAGGUGAUCACUUUUCCCACAGACCAAAGAGAACUCAUGGCCCUGCAGGCCCCCAGAGGCACUCGCCCACGGUGCCCAAGAUCCUACCCACGCCCCAGAGGGUGCUGAACACCACUGUGCAUGUGAGGAAGGCCCCGGCCCUGGCGCGGAACGGGGGCACCGACGCGGAACUCUUGGAGCUAAAUCAACAGUUGAUGGAGCUGAAGUUAACAGUGGACGGACUAGAGAAGGAGAGAGAUUUCUACUUCAGUAAGCUGAGAGACAUUGAGCUGAUCUGUCAGGAACACGAGAGUGACACCAACCCUCACCUCUCCAGGAUCAUGGACAUUCUCUACGCCACAGAGGACGGCUUUGCUGCUCCAGAUGAUGACGAGAUUGAUGGACAGGCCCACUUGGACCAGGAUGAAUACUGA